AUGAAUAAAAGACGUGGAAGCUAUACCGCUGCAAAGCUUCAAUUAAAAAAGAGGCACCCUAAAAUAAUAACAAGUGUGAGCUCGCAAUUCAAUUUUUCAAAAAGUUAUAAUGAUAAUUAUGAAGGGGAAAUUUCAGCGCCUGCUUCUAUAUAUUCAGAGGAACCAGUUAAUAGAAAUGUUAGUCCUGAGGAAACAGUGCUAAGCAUGAUAUCUGACUCAGAGCCUAAAGCGAUUUUGAAUAUCCCAAAAUCUGCAACCCCAGCAAGAUGCAGCUCAAGAUCUCGAUCACCGUAAUUCUAAUAUAGAAUAAAUGAAGACAAAUAUAAGCAGAAAUAUUUAAAAUUGGAGACAACUUAUAAAGAUCUCCUAAUAAAAUCUCAAAACAUACAACAACUUUAUGAUAAUUUGCUUGAAGACCCACAGUUAAAUCUGCCAGUUAUUGUUGAGCCUCAUAUACAGCCCGAUGAAAAUAAUCAUAUGUCAGAUCAUGAAAUGCUUAAAACCAUUAUGGCAACUAUGACUAAUUUUAGCCAGAGGCUUGAAAAUCUUGAGUCCCUAGCACAUAAUAUUCAAAAUCAGCUAAGUUCUUUUCUGAACACAAGCCCGCAAGCAAAGUCAUCAAAAUUUUUAUCAUAA